UUGAUGCAAAAAGGAGUAUAUUUCACUGUGAUUUCGAUUGCUGUCAUACUAGGAUCAGGCCUCACGUUUGUAUCCUCGUACAGUGUCAGUGAUGCAGAAAAUAUACACACAGCUUUACUGACAAGUUAUAACAAACAUGUUCUCCCAGAAGAGCCCGUAACUGUACAGGCUGAGUAUAAUCUUCUUACUAUUAAUUCACUUGAAAUGAAAACUCAAACAUUGACAACGUCUGGAUGGUUUACCGUGGUUUGGAAUGAUAGCAGACUUGCAUGGACAAAAUCUUCUUAUGGAAACAUAGAACAUAUUUACGCUUCGCAAAAAAUAUUAUGGCAUCCUGAAUUGAUCGUUGAAAACUCGGUUAUUGGUUUAACAAAUCUUGGUCAAGACGACAUUCAGUUAAGGAUACAGUAUGACGGAGAAGUACGAUGGGAACCACCCGCAGUUUUGUCUACGUCAUGUGACAUGGAUGUCACGUUCUUUCCAUAUGAUAUCCAGACAUGCGAAGUAGAACUAGCCAGCUGGGGCUUUCCUUCAACGGCAGUUAAUUUAUCUUUUUUGAAAACUCAUGUUAACCUUAAUAACUACAGGGAAAAUGGCGAAUGGGACCUACUCUCUACUGACCAACACCAUGGCGAACUAAUUGAAGACGACUUGACCUUCUCUGAAUUGUUGUUUUCCUUGCACGUGCAACGACUUCCGGGUUAUUAUUUAAUGAGUGUAAUAUUCCCUGUCAUUGUCACAGCUGUACUGACAUCAGUUACGUUUAUGUUACCAGUAGAGUCUGGAGAGAAGGUUGGAUAUAUCUUAACUGUACUUCUAGCCUUAGCUGUAUUACUGACAUUGUUUUCGGAUAGUUUGCCAACAACUUCAAAACAUACUUCCGUUCUGGUCAUAUUUCUAACCGUUACGCUUGGACUAGCUUCGUUUGUUAUCAUAUUGACCGUACUUAUUAUCAGACUUUACCAUAAACCUGAUAGUGAUGCCAUGCCUCAUUGGGUCCAUCGAUUUGCAAACAAAUGUAGAGGAAUGAGAUGCAAAACAGCUACAGUGGAAUUAUCUGACGACAAGGUAUCUAGAAAGGUCAAUACUAAACACGGUGGCAAGUCUGCAUGGAACAAUAACGACACGGUUCGGCCUUCUGAAGAGGAUAAAAAUACCAACAAAGACCUUGCUGAAUUUUUCGACAAAUUCUGUUUUUUCGUGUUUACGAUUGUCUAUCUGAUUGUUGUUUUAGGAUUUACCAUGACACUUGGUACGUCUUCAUAAUUUAAACAGUGCAUACAGAAGUAUUGACAAGUAUUGAAGAGUGCUCUUUUCAGUAGUACAAUACAUUGUUGUGUUUCUUCGUCACUGACGUGUACCACGCACUUCUUGUUGUUUAAGAUUUGGAACUUUCUAAAAAUGUUGUAUACUCAAUUUAAACCUUUGUUCAGUAUUAAACUAUUUAUUUUCUAAUUGACAUUCAUAAACGGCAAAGCAUUGCUGACCUGAUUUUGCCCAUUAUAGCGAACAAUGAAAUAAUCAUUGACAUAAUGUGACAGUGAAUCAGAGUUAUAAGAGUUCUAGAUUCAUGCAAUGUCAGAAAUUAUUUGUGAAUGUAGACUAUGUUUCAAGUUUCAUCACGUGAUCAACAUACAGUAUGGGCUUUGCUCAUUGUUGAAGGCCGUACGGUGUCCCAUAGUUGUUAAUGUCUGUGUCUAUUUGGUCUCUUGUGGACAGUUGUCUCAUUGGCAAUCAUACCACAUCUUCUUUUUUAUAUACAGGCGUUGACAUAAUACUUAAUGGUUGAAUAUUGUUAUGAAUAAAUGAUAUUUUUAUUAUAUUUAGGACAAGGUGAACCCUUAAGGUUUUGCUUCAUUCAUAAGGGGGUUGGGA